AUGGAUUGGUCAGAUGAAGAGGGAGAGAUUCUACCUGACUACGUUGAUGAAUACUAUUUCGUUGAUCAAAGUGACAUACCUGUCAAUUUUUCCGUUCUUCCGACCAAAUGGGACGACGACAAAGAUACAACUGGUAGCUCCAGAAGGACUGUGUACCUGCGUGGCAACAGUGAUUGUGGAAACGAGCCAGUUUGUAAGCUUGCCAAAGCGUGGACGUUUGAUCUUUCUGAGCAACAUGCCAAGAUCGAAGUGCUUCUACAUGGGAUGCGCUGGAUAACUCUACUAAAACCAGCAAAGAGUUAUGAAGCUUUAGUUAGAACAACUCUGGUUACGCUUCAGUGUCUUCACUUUGUUAAAAGGAAUCCGGAGGCAUCUAGUGAUGAUGUAUGGAACAGUUUACACAAACUGGAUGGGAUCCAACCUUCAGAGCAUGACUUAUCAGACAAUGUUUCUCUGGUGUGUCAAGCUAUGAAAAUGGAUGAGGGUUUAACAAAAUCAAAGGUCUUUUCUAAUCUUCCUUGGAAGGAACUUCCAACGCAACAUCAAGAAGAUGCUCAGACACUAAAGGAAGAGAGUUUCAUUGUUGAUGAUAUGUUAGACGCGGAAAACAGCAGCUAUGAUGAUUAUGAGACGAACUUGCAGUGUGAUACAGUCUGUUCUAUUUGUGACAAUGGUGCUUAUACUCGGUGUUGUGAAGGACGCUGCUUGAGAGCUUUCCAUACAACCAUAGCUGAUGGAGUUGAUACAUCGUGUGAAUCACUUGGAUUCCAGGAGACUCGUGUUCAUGCACCUAGAGAAUAUUUCUGUAACAACUGUCUAUACAAACAGCAUCAGUGCUAUGCUUGUGGCCAAUUGGGAUCAUCUGAUGAAAAUUCCUCUCAAGAGGUCUUCCCUUGUUCCGCCUCAAAUUGCGGUCAUUUCUAUCAUCCACUAUGUGUUGCAAAGCUUCUCCACGUUGGUGAUCAAACCAAAACAGAAGAACUUCAAGCCAGUAUUUCUGCUAAAGAUCCCUUUUUCUGUCCUCUACACAUAUGCAAAGUCUGUAAGAAAAUUGAAAACAAAAAGGUACAUGCAUUGCAUUUCGCUGUAUGCAGACGCUGCCCAACGGCUUAUCACAGAAACUGUUUACCUAGGGAGAUUACUUCUGAGCUCAACUGUGACGAGGAAACACCUCGAAGGACCUGGGAAAAACUGCUUCCAUACAAUCGCAUUCUUAUAUACUGUUUGAACCAUGAGAUAGUAGGUGAUCUUGGUACUCCAGCUAGAGACCACUUGGUUUUUCCUGAUAGAUCUGGCCUAAGAAGAACACUAAGUCAUGGUCUUGAACCUGUCAAAGAGGAUGCUAUGGCGACGGGUUCUAAGUAUGUAUUUAGUGGAUCUAGGCAAACAAGGAUGAAAGUUAAGGCCAAUGACUAUCGUAUUAAACGGAGGAGGGAGAGCACUGAAAAAAGGUUGUCGAAAGAAGAAGGUCAUUCUGACGAAAUAGACGACGACGAGUAUUUGGAAUCAAAGAUGUUAUCUAUAAUUGACGAAGUGAAAUCUUCGUUUAGUUUUGAUGACUUUGUUAAGUCUCAUGGGAAAUCCUAUAUACAAUACCAGUCAAGAAAUGAUAUCGACAUGAACAUCACAGCAGAAAUGGUUGAAAGUCAUGUCAAUGCCGCUCGAGCUGCAUCAUAUAUGUUUGAAGAAGGGCGGGACGAAGAGGCUAGAGCAAUAUUUGGUCCAGAUCGUCUAGACCAACUCAUGGAGCAUAAGAGGAAGCUUAAACAUGAUCUUGAUCCUUUUCUCCAUGGAACGCGGUACACAUCGUUUGGUCGUCACUUCACAAAGCUAGAGAAGCUUGAAGAGAUUGUAGAGAGGCUCCACUGUUACGUACGAAAUGGAGAUACAAUAGUGGACUUCUGUUGUGGCUCUAACGAUUUAAGUUGUUUGAUGAAAGAAAAGCUUGAAAAAACGGGGAAAUCUUGCUUCUUCAAGAACUUUGAUCUCAUUCUACCUAAGAAUACUUUCAACUUUGAGCAGAGAGAUUGGCUGAGUGUGAAGAAAGAAGAGUUACCUGACGGCUCCCGACUGAUAAUGGGACUGAGCCCGCCUUUCGGUUUCAAAUCCGAGCUUGCUAACACUUUCAUCGUGAAGGCCCUCGAGUUUAAUCCAAAGAUUCUGAUCCUCAUCGUACCAAGUGAAACAGAAAGGGUCGAUAAGAUAGCUAAUUAUGAUUUGAUUUGGGAGGACACCAAUCUGGUUUCAGGAAAGUCUUUCUACUUGCCCGGGUCCAUAGAUGUGAAUAACAAAACGAUAGAGCACCGGAACAAGAGAACGCCACCUCUGUACCUUUGGAGCCGAAAGGACUGGACUUGGAGCCACAAGACUAUAGCGGUUCAACAGGGUCACAUAACACACAAGAAUCACUCAACUUACGUAGUGGGUCUCCAUCACUCAGAGAUUCCUCAUGAUGAUGUAGUUGAGGGUACAUCUAUAUAUGUGGGAAAUCUUCCUGAAAAUGCCAACAUUGACAUGCUUGAAACUGAAUUCAAGAAAUUUGGAGCUAUUGGCAACAGUGGGAUUCAAGUUGUAAGAAAAAAGGGCUCUGGUUAUACUUGCGGUUUUGUUGAGUUUAGAGACGCAGAUGCUGCCCAGAAAGCAAUAGAGGCUUCAUCUCUGAUGAUCGGUGGAGAGAAAGCUUUCGUGAAAGAGAAGCGAUCUACAGCAAGAGGGGAAGUGGAUAUGGAAAUAGAAAUGUGGGAGGAGGAGGACGUUAUAGAUAUGGCAACAAUUACAAUAGGGGACGAGGAGGACGUUAUAGAUAUGGGAACAAUUACAAUAGGGGAAGAGAAGGAUCUUUUAAUCGCCGAGGCGGCUACGAAUACCGGAAACCAGACAACAACCCAUACUAAACCGGAUUCGGCUUUUGUGGCGGAUGAUCUAAAUGAUUAA